CUACCAUACUUGCUUCAGAUGUGAUACAUUUUUUGGUUUUGGAUCAUGAUGCAGACAUUUUUAUGCUUAUAUUUGAUGCCAUGAAAAUGUUCUUUGAUAAAGAAGAAAUUCAAAUGUAUGGAUGCCAAGCACUCUACCUCCUUCUAGUGAAAGUUCCAGAUGAACAACUGACAGAGUUUGUUGAGAGCAAAGAUCAUUUAAUAAUCUUGAAAGUGCUGGCAGAAUUUAAGGAUACAGAAUGUGUUACUUUGCCAGCUUUGCGUGUACUGCUUCCACUGGCGACACCCUCUAGCAAUGUGGAAGUACUUAUGUCUGGUAAUGUAAGAUGCUACAAUAUCAUAAUGGAAGCUAUGAAAACAUUUCCAAACAGUGAGAAAGUUCAAGAAGUGUGCUGUUGUUUGUUCCAGAAACUUACAUUU